AUGCGGCCGGGGGGCGCGCUGCUCGCCCUGCUCGCCAGCCUGCUGCUGCUGCUGCUGCUGCGCCUGCUCUGGUGCUCCAUCGACGCGCCCGCCCGCUCCAGGCUCCUGGUGGAGGAGAGCAGAGACACCGCGCGCGGCACCCCCGCCGCGCUGAGGACGCUGCGGAGCCCGGCGACCCAGCUACCGCGCCCCACGAACAGCACAUAUCUGUUUGAGAAGUCGCUCCAGCUGACAGAAGCAUGCAAAAGACUGCAAGACGGCUUUCAGACUUUAUCUAGCAAACUAAAAAGGUAUUUAGAGAGUGACUAUCUUCAGAUUAUCAGAAAUAUACAGAGCUGUCCGUGGAAACGACAAGAAGAAGAAUAUGAGAAUUUUAGAGCAAAACUUGCUUCCUGUUGUGAUGCUGCUCAAAACUUCAUUGUUUCUCAGAAUAACACUCCAGCCGGGACCAACAUGAGCUAUGAGGUGGAAAGCAAAAACGAAAUCCUAAUUAGAGAGAACAUUUUUAAUAUGUUUCCAGUGUCUCAGCCUUUCAUGGAGUACCCCUACAAUCAGUGCGCAGUGGUUGGAAACGGGGGAAUUCUGAAUGAGUCUCUUUGCGGAGCUGAAAUAGACAAAUCCGACUUCGUUUUUAGGUGUAACCUCCCCCCAAUCACGGGAAACGUUAGUAAAGAUGUUGGCAGUAAAACCAAUGUUGUGACUGUAAAUCCCAGUAUCAUAAAACUAAAAUACGGGAACUUAAGGAAAAAGAAAGAAAUAUUUCUGGAGGACAUUGCAACCUAUGGAGACGCGUUCCUUCUUCUGCCAGCGUUUUCUUUCAGGGCCAACACGAUUGCCUCUUUCAAAGUGUAUGACACCCUAAAGGAGUCUCAAGCAAGACAGAAGGUUCUAUUUUUCCAUCCCAAGUACCUGAGAAAUCUUGCCCUUUUCUGGAGAACUGAAGGUGUGACGGAGUUUCGCCUGUCCUCUGGCUUGAUGAUCACAAGUGUGGCAGUGGAACUGUGUGAGCACGUGAAGCUGUAUGGAUUUUGGCCCUUCUCUAGAACGGUUAAAGACACACCUGUCAGCCAUCACUACUACGACAAUAACUUACCUAAACGUGGUUUUCAUGAGAUGCCUAAGGAAUAUAGACGAAUUCUCCAACUUCACUUGAAAGGAAUCCUCAAAUUACAAUUUAGCAAAUGUGAAAUAGCUUAA